AUGCCAAAAUCAUCCCAGUACUCCUUGCCAGCGACCUACUAUCGCGGUGGCACCAGCAAAGCCCUUUUCUUCCGCGAGGAUGUCCUCCCAGGUCCCGGACCCCAGCGAGACCGCCUCCUCAAGCGAGCCAUGGGCUCUCCGGACCCCUUGCAGCUCGACGGUAUGGGUGGAUCCAAAGCAGUGACAUCGAAGAUUGCCAUCGUUCGUCCUUCAACACAAUCUGAUGCUGAUAUCGCUUUUACCUUCGCACAGGUAGGCGUAGCGCGGGAUUUUAUCCACUACGGUGCCAACUGCGGCAAUAUUUCUGCGGCGGUGGGACCGUUCGCGAUCGAAGAAGGGUUGGUCCAGUUCCGACCCGGGCGCUCGGUUGACACGACGGUGAAGACUCAGGAGGUUCGGAUAUAUAAUACUGGGACGGGGAAGUUGUUGAGCGCGCAUGUUCCUGGGACACAUGAAAUUGCGGGUGUUCCGGGGAAGGGAAGCCCGGUAUUGCUGGAUUAUAGAUUUACAAUCGGGGUAGAGCUAUCAAGGGGAUUACUCCCUACCGGCAACGCAUCCGACAUGAUCACUGUGGCUAAGAAAGAGAUUGAAAUCACCAUCUGCGACAUUGCCAAUCUGUGUGUAUUCGCCAAUGCUCGCGACUUCAACAUCAGUGGACACGAGACGGCCGCUGACCUGACCGCCAACUUAGACUGGCUGGCCAAGACGCAAGAGCUGCUGGGAAAGGCAGCCGUGCUUGCUGGAGCCGUUGUUGCGCCAGACCCGGAUCCUAGCAAAGCACAUCUCGCUGCGCGGCUUUUCCUCGACAAAAUGUGUCAUGAGAGCAUGGCGGGGACAGGGGCUAUCUGUACGACCGCGUGCAGUCGUAUUCCGGGAAGUGUAGUGAAUAGGGUCAUUGGGGAUGCAAUGGAGCUUGACACAUUGGAAAUUAGCCAUGCUGUCGGCACUAUGGCGGUACCCUCUCGUUUGUUCGAACCGUCCGCCGCAUCAUGGAUGGAACUAUAUACGUACCUGAUAGCUUCAGGCCAGAUGCACCUGCGAAACGAUCAGUUUCCAAUGUUCUGCCACUGGGUUAUGGCUUCAUCUUCAAUUAACUUUGACAUGGGUGGGAAAAGUGCUUUGACCUAA